GUUAGUAUCCUGUCGGUGUUCUCUAUAAGUAAUUUCCAGCGCUACAAUUUCUUUUUGGUAUCCAUUUACUUUUAUUCAGCCUCGUCAACCCGUGUUAACUCCUCCGGAGACGAUUCUAUUUUGGCUAAUCUCCAGCCGUCGGAAGGAUAAUAUUCCGCCUUCAGUACUGUUGGAUCAUCUUCCUUCAUUUCAUCCUAUCCAAUCAUGAAUCCCGAAUAUGACUACUUAUUCAAACUUCUAUUAAUUGGAGAUUCUGGUGUAGGCAAGUCAUGUCUUCUCCUGAGAUUUGCUGAUGAUUCAUACUUGGACAGUUACAUCAGCACAAUUGGUGUUGACUUUAAAAUACGCACUGUGGAGCAAGAUGGGAAGACAAUCAAAUUGCAAAUUUGGGAUACUGCAGGACAAGAACGUUUCAGAACGAUAACUAGUAGCUACUACCGUGGUGCACACGGCAUCAUUAUAGUGUAUGAUGUAACCGACCAAGAAAGCUUCAAUAAUGUGAAGCAAUGGUUGAACGAAAUUGAUCGCUAUGCUAGUGAAAAUGUGAACAAGCUUCUGGUCGGAAAUAAGUGUGAUCUCGCUGAGAACCGAGCCGUGCCCUAUGAAACAGCUAAGGCUUUUGCAGAUGAAAUUGGCAUUCCAUUCAUGGAGACCAGUGCCAAAAAUGCUACCAAUGUUGAACAGGCAUUCAUGGCAAUGGUUGCUGACAUUAAGAAUAGAAUGGCAAGUCAGCCUGUAUCUAGCAAUGCAAGGCCAUCCACUGUGCAGAUUCGUGGACAACCUGUUGCCCAGAAGAGUGGCUGCUGCUCUUCGUAGUUGCCUGCCGUUGACAUGUGAAGAUAAAAUUCUCCCCAAUACUUCCAAAAGACGAAGUUUGUUAUCACCUAUUGAUCAAGUAAUCCAUGCUCGAUGUGCAUCUUAUGUAAGUUGCAUUCUUUCAAGUUCAUUGGAUUCGAAGUGGCCUGUACAAAUUAAAAACUGUUACUUAUUAGUAACAUUUGUUUGUUGUUUUGUUACUGUUCUAUACCUGGUCCUCUGGUACGUCGGACUUGGUCUUCAGAGUCGAGUUGCUUCCUGAUGUUUAGGCAACUGGUGUUGCAAAGGGAAGGAUUAUGUAAGAUGGUGAUUUGUGUGAGUUGAAAUUGUAAUAAAAUAGUUUGCCAAAGUGUUAAGUUCUGGUAGUAAUUUUAUCCAUAAAGCAUAUCGAAGAGAUUCUUUAAACA